UAGGCGAGGAGCUUUCAUAACCUCAAAUACCGUAAUAUCGUGCGUUAAUAGGUUAAUAGUGAAUGUUUGUAUGGUUAACCGCGGUGUAAUAUAUGUUUUUCGUGCUUUCAUUAGAAAGUAAAAAUGGUCAGAAAGAAAAUAGACAACAGAAUAAGAGUAUUAAUCGAAAAUGGAGUUCAAUUUGGACAUCGAACAUUAUUUGUUAUAGUCGGAGAUAAAGGAAAAGAUCAAGUUGUUAUUCUUCAUCACAUGUUAUCUAAAGCCGAAGUUAAAGCUAGACCUUCAGUGUUAUGGUGUUAUAAAAAAGAAUUAGGGUUCAGCAGUCACAGAAAAAAGCGAAUGAAACAACUUCAACACAAAAUACAGGCAGGAAAGCUAAACAUUAAUGAAGAUGACCCUUUUGAAUUGUUUUUGUCUUCCACAAAAAUUAGAUACUGCUAUUAUUCUGAAACUCAUAAAAUAUUGGGAAACACAUUUGGAAUGUGUGUCUUACAAGAUUUUGAAGCACUAACACCAAAUCUUUUAGCAAGGACUAUAGAAACAGUGGAAGGAGGAGGCUUAGUUAUAAUUUUACUCCGCUCACUUAAUUCUUUAAAACAGUUAUAUACAAUAACUAUGGAUGUACAUCAGCGAUUUAGAACAGAAGCACAUCAAGAUGUUGUUUGCCGAUUUAAUGAAAGAUUUUUGCUAUCAUUAGCUUCAUGCAAGCGCUGCCUAGUAGUUAAUGAUCAGUUGCAAAUUUUACCUAUUUCUUCUCAUAAUAUUCAUAUUACACCUGUUGAGCGAAGUGAAGAACCAACUGAAAGGGAAAUAGAAUUAAAAGAAAUAAAAGAAAAUUUGAGAGAUACUCAGCCUGUUGGCUCACUUAUAAAUAUUUGUAAAACCAUUGACCAAGCUAAAGCUUUAUUAAAAUUUAUAGAGGCUAUUUCAGAAAAGUCACUUAAAUCUACAGUAUCUCUUACUGCUUCUCGUGGACGCGGUAAAUCUGCUGCAUUGGGAUUAGCUGUAACAGCUGCUAUUGCUUUUGGCUAUUCAAACAUUUUUGUAACCAGCCCUAGUCCUGAAAACUUAAAUACUUUCUUUGAGUUUGUUUUCAAAGGUUUUGAUUCAUUAGAAUAUCAGGAACAUAUGGAUUACAAUUUAGUACAAUCAACAAAUCCUGAAUUUAAUAAAGCUAUUGUAAGGGUUAAUGUAUUUAGAGACCAUCGCCAAACAAUACAAUAUAUACAUCCCACUGAUAGUCAUAGAUUAUCUCAGGCUGAACUAUUAGUAAUUGAUGAGGCUGCUGCAAUUCCUUUGCCAUAUGUUAAAGCAAUGUUGGGUCCCUAUUUGGUAUUUUUAGCUUCCACAAUAAAUGGUUAUGAAGGAACUGGUCGCUCUUUAUCUUUGAAAUUGUUAAAGCAGCUCAGAAUACAGGCAGUGCCUGUUGGAGCAAAUACAAAUGCAGUCAAUAAAAAAGACUCUGGAGCUGCUACAGGUCGUUCACUGCAUGAAGUAUCUCUUGAAGAAUCGAUACGUUAUAAACCUGAUGAUGACGUAGAAUUAUGGUUAACAAAGCUUCUCUGUCUCGAUGCAACUCUUGUUGCUCCAAUAUUGUCUGGUUGUCCUCCACCAGAAAAAUGCGAUCUUUACUAUAUAAACCGUGACACGCUAUUUUGUUACCACAAAGCUUCGGAAGAAUUUCUUCAGAGAUUAGUAGCCCUAUUCGUUGCUUCUCAUUAUAAAAACACCCCAAACGACUUACAGAUGAUGUCCGACGCGCCUGCGCAUCACUUAUUUUGUUUACUAGGGCCUAUUGGAGAAAAUACCACAAAAUUACCUGAAAUAUUGGCAGCUGUACAAAUCUGCUUAGAAGGCCAAGUUUCAAAGAAUUCGGUUGUUGAAGGUUUUCAAAGAGGCCAAAGAGCUGCUGGAGAUUUGAUUCCUUGGACUAUUGGACAACAGUAUCAAGACACUGACUUUCCGAGACUAUCGGGAGCACGAAUUGUUAGAAUAGCUACACAUCCAGAUUACCAAGGAAUGGGCUAUGGAACAAGAGCUCUUGAGUUAUUAAAGAAAUAUUACGAGCUUAAAUUUAUUGAUGUUGAUGAUCACAAAAAAAAUGUUAAUAUGAAGCAAGAGAUUGAAAAUGUUGCAAACGAAGAUAUUGGAUUGUUAGAAGAAUGUAUAGAGCCAAGAAAAUCGUUGCCACCCUUGUUGUUGCAGUUAUCAGAAAGAUUACCAGAAAAACUGGAUUAUUUAGGAGUAUCUUAUGGAUUAACUGAACAGCUUUUGAAGUUUUGGAAACGUUCUGGAUUUGUUCCUGUAUAUCUUAGACAAACUGCUAACGAUCUAACUGGAGAACACUCCUGCAUUAUGCUCCAUGUGUUAAAUUCUGAGGAAACACGGGAAGCCGAUUGGCUUAUGUCAUAUUGGAUGGACUUUAGAAGAAGAUUUGUCUCGUUACUUGCGUAUCAGUUUAGUAAAUUCACUCCGUUCCUGGCACUCAGUAUACUCCAGAACAAUUCCUAUCAAAUUACACCAAGGAGACUUACUAAAAGUGAACUUGAUGUUCACAUGACCCCUUACGAUAUAAAACGGUUGGAAAUGUAUAGCAACAAUCUCGUAGAUUAUCAUUUAAUUGUUGAUCUUAUGCCGUCGCUUUCAAGAAUAUUUUUUCUUAAUCAAAUGGACGAUGUCCAUUUUUCGGCUGUGCAAAUGGCCAUAUUGUUGGGAAUUGGUUUACAACACAAAGCGGUGGAUACUUUGUCUAUAGAAUUAGAUUUACCUUCAUCGCAAUUGUUAGGAUUGUUUAAUAGGAUUAUUAGACGUGGGGUACAGUACCUCAACUCUAUCUUAGAAGAAGAAGUAGAGAAAGCUUUGGUUGAGCCAAAGAAUGUUCAAAUGACCCCUGUUGCUCAAAGCAUGCAAAGGGAAUUAGAAGAGGCGGCGAAGGAGUUACAAAAAAAACAGAAAAAGGAACUGGAGAAAUUGAAAAAAGAAAAUUUGGAACAAUAUGUAAUAAAAGGUUCUGAAGAAGAAUGGAACACUGUUCUUUCAACGAAAGGUGGUAAAAAUAUUAUUAGUGUGAAAAGUGGAGAAAAACGACUACUCGACGAAAAUGAUAAAGAUACAUCAACCACUGAACCGCUUGUCAAGAAAAACAAAUUAAAAAAGAAAUUAAGGAAAGGUAGAAAUAAAAAUACUAGCUUUUAAUUGAAUUAUUAAUGUUUCAGUUUUUUAACAAAUCACAAAACCUUUUGCUUUUC